AGGAGUAGCACCAGUUUCAAAAGUUCGCAGUGUCAAUAGAAGUCCCGACCAGAACUGAACUGCGUCCCACCGUGACUUAAUAUUCGACUUACCCCCAAAAAAGAAUCAACCCUUCGAGUGACGAAUAAUAAUUGAAUUCAACAUGAAUCGUGUAUUGUUGGUAUUCCUAGCUGUGUUCGCAUUCGCAGCACGAUCAGAUGGAACGCUGCGAUGCUACAUGUGCAAUUCACAAUCGAACGCCGCCUGCGAGGACCCCAGCAAGGACGGAAAUCUGCAACCGGUCGAAUGCGAACCAAGGGCGAUGACCUCGUGGCACACAGAGAUGCAGAGGAACGUCGCUCUUCAAAACAUCGCUCAUCUUUUCGAGGUCGAUCAACCGCAGCACUUCACCCAUCUCCCCAACGUAGCCUGCGCGAAGAUGAACCUCAAAGUCGGUUCCGAAAAGGUGACCCUGCGAAGCUGUCAGACGGCCAAAACCGACACGGUCGAUCCUUGUCGCGCGUUCAAAAACAAAUUGGACACCGAUUCGGCGAGAAACGCCGCCGUGUCGAUGGAUUAUUGCGGACUCUGCGACAACGACGCUUGCAACGGAGCUUUCGGUCUCGCGCCACCGAACGUCCUUCAGCUUUUGAUCGGAUCGAUUUCAGUGUUGUUUUUCCAAGCCUAUCGCCUUUGCUUCGCGUAAUUGCUUAAAAAUCUAUUUAUCUUGAUUUCGUAGACUGCAGCAGCACGAGCAGGCGCGUGAUCCUCGUCGACGAAUUAUAUGAUGGCUCGUUUCGUCCUAAGGUAGCCUCUCAUCGUUCAAAUUCAGCCCGAUAAAAAUUGAGAGAAAGAAAAAACAAAGAAUUAUGCCCGACUAUCAGGUCCGAGUCCCAAAAGCGCCUUACAACGGCUAAAAACGCAUCAAUAAAUCUGUUCGCCCGAGCGUAUUGCAUACUGUUGGCUUCAAUCUUCAAGAUAUAUACUAUAUAUUAUAUAUUAUAUAACUUACAAAUGGAUAAGAAUUUAUUUAAUAAGAUGUUAACAAUUAUUGAUAUACAAAAUGUUUGUACGCGUACCUCUCUUGUAUACACACGAUAUAUGUAUUGUUGUAAUUAUUAUGAUACAUAUACAUUUAUUCAUGUAUACUCUAAGGAUAGUAAUAAACGAAUGAAAAAAAAAAAAAA